AUGAACCAAACAAUCCUGGUCAACCCGCUCGAGACAGGCGCAUGUCCAGCAUUUGCGCCCUUUUUUGGAUUUAUGGGAGCGGCCAGUGCGACAAUCCUUUCAUCAUUCGGUGCUGCUUAUGGAACUGCAAAAUCUGGAAUUGGAAUUGCGGGGAUGGGUACUUUUAGACCUGAUUUGAUUAUGAAGAGUUUGAUUCCUGUUGUUAUGGCUGGUAUCAUUGCGGUAUACGGCCUCGUCGUAUCCGUCCUCAUAGCAGGCUCGCUCAACCCGGCAGACUCAUACUCGCUCUUCGCUGGGUUUGUGCAUAUGGCUGCUGGACUAUCAUGUGGAUUUUCAGGGCUAGCAGGUGGCUACGCAAUUGGAAUCGUCGGUGAUGUUGGUGUGCGCCAGUAUGCCUUCCAGCCACGAUUGUUUGUGGGGAUGGUGCUGAUACUUAUUUUUGCGGAGGUGUUGGGGCUGUAUGGGUUGAUUGUUGCGCUUAUAUUGAAUACGAAGGCAAAGAGUGACUGCUUUUGA